AUGUUGGUUCUCGGCAGCAAGUUCCCGGACAUCCACGCGGAUGCCUCCGGUGUCCCGGACAACAAAAUGAAGCUCUACGACUUCCUCGGCGAUUCGUGGGGACUGCUUAUGAGUCACCCCCAUGAUUUCACCCCCGUGUGCACGACGGAACUCGCGCAAGCUGCGAAGAUGGCCCCAGAGUUCGCAAAGAGGAACUGCAAGUUGGUCGGGUUCUCCUGCGACAGCGUCACCUGCCACAAGGACUGGGCAAAGGAUAUCAUGAGCGUGGCGAAUCUCGCUGGCGAUCUCCCCUUCCCCAUCAUUGCUGAUCCGGAGCGCAAGUUGGCGAACGACCUGGGCAUCAUGGAUCCUGAAGAAAAGGACCAAGCGGGCAUUCCCGUGACAUGUCGCGCAGCCAUCUACAUCGGGCCUGACCGCCGUGUAAAGGCGCUCAUCCUCUACCCCGUGACUGUGGGCAGAAACUUCAAAGAGGUUCUCAGGGUGCUCGACGGCCUGCAGCUGGCUGAGAAGUACCCCGUCGCAACCCCUGAAGGGUGGUUCCCCGGCGACAAAGUUAUGGUGCAACCGACUCUUUCCGACGAGGAGGCAAAGGCAAAGCUGCCCAAAGGCUUCGAGAAGACGGCAUGCCCCUCCGGGAAAAAUUACCUGCGAUUCGCUCCAGAUCCUUCGGCUUAG